AUGAGCAGGAUGGAUGUGAUGCGGGCGGCGAUUCUGGGAGCUGCAGGAACGCCCUACCACGACCAGCUCUUCUUCUUCGACAUCCAGCUCAGCCCGGACCACCCAGCCAGCGUCCCCAAAGUGCUCUUCCAUGCGCAUGGCAACCGGAUCAAUCCAAAUCUCUACGCGGAUGGCAAGGCAUGUCCCCAGCCCCACAGCCUGCAUUUCUUAUUGCCUCUUGUGUGCCUGAGCCUGCUGAACACCUGGAAUGGCCGCCGCACAGAACAGUGGGACCCCACCAGCUCCACCAUUCUCCAGGUGCUGGUAUCGAUCCAGGGGCUGAUCCUGGUGGCGGAGCCCUACUACAACGAGGCGGGCUACGAAAAGCAGCAGGUGGGAACGCCGGAGGGUGCGCGCAAUUCGGUGGGUUACAAUGAGUCGGCCUUCCUGGCAACCAUUCGGACCACACUCUCCCUCAUGCGCUCGCCGCCCGCUCCCUUCCUGCCCCUCAUGCUGGUAAAGCCUCCCCCUCACCCCUGCAGGGUUUCUGUGUAA